AUGGCUGGUAAGAAGAGACAGUUCUCGCAGAAAGGAAAGAAUUUUGGAAAAAACAAGAAAGGAAAUAGAUCAAUUGGUCACAAGAAGGAGUCAAAGAUCGACCGUGAAAUCCGCGAGAUUACUCAGUUGCAGAAACAAAUUGAGGAGCUUUCUGCCCUUCCUGAGGAGGAAAAAGCGAAUAUUAAAAAGUUUGAAGCACUCCCUCUAUCGAACUACACAAAGAAAGGUUUGAACGAAGCUGGCUUUACGGAAAUGACCGAUAUUCAGCAGAAGUCGCUUAUUAGUGCUCUCAUGGGUCGCGAUAUUUUGGGCUGUGCGAAGACUGGUUCGGGAAAGACGCUUGCUUUCCUAAUUCCAGCUCUAGAGUGUCUUUACCGCGAGCGAUGGACUGAGGAAGACGGCAUCGGCAUCGUCAUCAUUUCUCCCACUCGUGAAUUGGCCAUGCAGAUUUUCGACGUUUUGUGCACCAUCGGCAAGUACCACAGCUUCUCGGCCGGCCUGGUGAUCGGCGGCAAGGACUUCGAGGAGGAGCAAAGCCGGAUUGUCAGCAUGAACAUUUUAGUCGCCACGCCCGGACGUUUCCUCCAACACCUCGAGCAAACGCCGGGUUUCGACUGCUCGAACGUGCGCGGCCUGGUCCUCGACGAAGUGGACCGGUGUCUGGACAUGGGCUUCAAGACCACGAUCGAUCACAUCGUGGAUUCGCUGGGCGGAGACCGGCAAACCCAGCUUUUCUCUGCGACGAUCGACGAGAACGUGAAGACCCUCGCCAGCUCGAUCCUCUCCAAUCCCGUAUCGAUCAACGUCAACUCCGACGACGACUACGCGACCCCCACCACGCUGACGCAGCGCUACAUCGUCUGCGACCUCUCUCGCAAGGUGGAGCUUCUCUACAGCUUCAUCAAGUCGCAUCUGCGCUGCAAAAUCCUCGUCUUCGCCGCCUCGCGCAAGGAAGUCCGCUUCCUCUUCGAGGCUUUUCGCCGCAUGAAGCCGGGCGUCUCGCUGCUGCACCUGCACGGGAAGCAGAAGCAAACGAUGCGCACCUACACGUACUACGACUUCAUCCAGAAGGACCACGCCGUGCUCUUCUGCACCGACGUCGCUGCCCGCGGGAUCGACUUCCCCGCGGUGGACUGGGUGGUGCAGUUCGACUGCCCCGAGGACGCGGCGACGUACAUCCACCGCGUGGGCCGCGCAGGGCGUUUCCGCGCCAAGGGGAACGGUCUGCUGUUUUUACUGCCGCAGGAAGAAGCAGCGUUCCUGCCGAUGAUGGCGGAGGCGAAUAUCCCGCUGAAGCGAAUCGCGGUGAACCCGAGUCGCACGCAGAGCGUCACGAACCGGCUCAUGGAGGAGAUCGCGCGCGACGAAACGCUCGGACAGCUCGCCAGCAAGGCGUUUCAGAGCUACGUGCGCAGCGUGUACUUGGCGUCCAACAAGCAGCUCUUCGACGUGCGUGCGCUCCCGCUGGAGGGCUUCGCGGAGGUAGGUUCCCCGAUUCCACGGUUGAGCGUAGUCGCUGGGGCUGGGCGUGGUGCCGAACCUGAGCUUCUUGAAGAAGAAGGCGAAGAAGGCGGGGUCCUACGCGCUGCAGCAGCUCCAGGAGGAGAUCAAGAAGGACGCGGAGGACAAGGCGCGCGCCAACGAGCCCUCGCAGGGCGCUGCGAGCGCUGCGAGCGCUGCGAGCGCGGGACAGAGAGCGGAGGAGGCGACUUCGGACGAGGACGACUUCCUGCAGAAGACGGGGAAGACGACGGCGGACGCGCCCGCGUUGGAGGUCCCGCUGCCGGAGAAGAAGCGGAAGAAGCGGCUGCGGAUCUCGCCGGACGGAGAGCCGAUCGGGAAGAGCAUUCGGUUCGACGAGAACGGCGAGGCGAUCGAAGACACGCGCGGCGUGGUGGAGCUGAAGGACGUGGAGGGCGAGAUCGGCGAGGAGGCGGAGAAGGAGCGUCUGAAAGACGCGCAGAUGCAGCUGGAAGAGAACGAAGAAAAGGAUCGGAUGCGCGAAAAGAGGCGAGUCAAGGAGAAGAAGAUGCUGCUCAAGCAGAGGGAGAAGGAGAUGCAUAAGACGGAGGAGGCGCCCGUUGUACUUUUAGGAAAUGAUGAAGAGGAGGAAGAGGAAGAGGAAGAGGAAGAUGCUGAUGAUGCACAGGAUAGUGUGAAUGAAGAAGAAGAAGAAGAGAGCAUGGAAGAAGAGGAUGACGAUAACGACGACGACGACGACAACGAUGAUGAUGAUGAAUAAAUUUUAAAA